UCAUCUUUCUCCUAUCAUUGGUCUUCAGGACGCUCCUACGGAAAAAUGCAGACUCUGCCUCCUCGUCUACCACCGCCACCAGGAGCACCACAGCCGCUGCCCCAUAAUCCUCGACGGAAGCCAGAAGCAGUUUCCCUCGACCAAGUAGUAAUCUCGAAGCUAGAGGGAAGCCCGCUAAUCUUGGCACCAAACAGGUCCACCAGUGCAAUCAAACCCGAGAAAUCGAGACCAGGCUUACUAAUUCACCGAACCCGACCACACAAGACUAACCUACUGGUAUGGAGUGGGGCAAUAUUCUGCCUUAUAUUCAGCCUCAUCCUCAUCUUCUUUGGGAUUGCAACUCUCAUCGUCUUUCUCACAAUAAAGCCACGGCACCCUUCGUUCGAGAUACCUGCUGCGAACCUCAAUAGUAUCUACUUCGACUCACCCGAGUACUUCAAUGGGGACUUCAUCUUCCUCGCAAACUUCACUAACCCAAACAGAAAGCUCGAUUUGAGAUUUGAGUACUUUGACAUAGGGCUCUACUUCUCCGACAGGCUCGUAGCAACUCAGGUGGUUCAGCCUUUUGGUCUGAAGCCUGGAGAGAAGAGCCUGGACUCUGUACACUUCUUAUCGAGCUUGGUUUAUUUGCCGCCGGUGCUAGCCCUGCAACUCCAGAAGCAGGUACAGGAGAACAGAGUCAUUUACAAUGUAAGAGGGAACUUCAAGGUAAGAGCAAAUCUAGGUAUUUUCCAUUUCUCGUACUGGUUGCAUCCUCGGUGCCAGAUUGAUAUGACCAGUCCACCGACGGGAGUACUCAUAACCACCAGUUGUAAAAGGAGGAGAUGAAAAAUCAGAUUUUUCUUGGACCUUUAUCUCUCUUCUUCUUGGUUGAGACCUUCUCUUUUGCCUUCUGGGGUAAUCCAAAGAUGUAUCAACUAUCAGCAGAAAAAAAUUUCAGGCAUUGAAAUCGGAUGAGAGCCAUCUGAUACACUUCCAAGGCAACAUCCUGAAAAAUUCCACAGGCUUCCCAGCGGUUGAGGUCAAAGUGAUUCAUACAAUGGGAAGCAAGAAAGCUCGAUAAAGCUGAAAAAAAGAACAGUUUAAGACUGAAAUAGUAAGGCACAGAACUCCAGCUGAUAUCCAGCAAAUUCUGAUAUAUUUAUAACUCCAGAAGCCGGAAAUUGGGCAGCUAAAUGUUGGGAAAAGAUGGAGAAGGAAUCAAAUGUUUGUUAGAGCAGAUUUAUGUCCCCUCCUUUGAAUAUUCUUCAAAUGAUAUAUGUCAGUAUUUUCUAUUCAAUUUCUCCAUUAUAAGGUUUCUGCAAACUUUUUUAAGAAAAGAAUGUCCUACAUAAUCUA